AUGCCCAGAAUACCUACUGGGACUAAGCUUUCAGACUUGGAGGAAGGUCUUCUUCCAUGGGUCAGCGCUAAGCCACCUGAGCGUCCUUCGACGUCGACUGCGAAGGAAUGUGAGGUGAAAUUAGAUGACUUAAAUGGGCUUUUCUUUAGUCAAGGAGCACGCUAUGGGAUCCAUGAUAUCCUCCGGGGCAAUCAUAUUGUGGGAAUCUCAAGGCGUGAGCCCUACAACUACGAUAAUUACCACCGCCAAUACCGCCCGCCAUUUCCACCUGAGCCCCGAGCACCCCGUCGAUAUGAUCAAGACCGCCGUGCAAGGAAGUACAAUUUACACUCCUUUCAAAGGGAAACAUUGGAGGAGGAGUCUAUAUUUUACAGCCCAAAUGAUCGGACAGAGCCCAAAACCGAGAGGCCAACAUCCGAGGACGUCAGAUCGCGUGAGAAGCACAUUCUGAUCAUUCAAGAUAAUAGUAAAUCGAAGGGAAAAAAAGUCGAAACUAGCUCUUCCAGCCAUCAACUACCUGGCUCUGGGUCAAAUAACUCCCAUGAGCCUGGAGCUACAGGUUUCAAGUCCGAGGACAUACUAUCGAAUGACCAAGCCUCUCAGAUCGUCGAGGAGAAAAAUGAAUCUCUAAAUCAAAGAACCGAAGCUAGUUCUGUUAGCGAUGAACUUUCUGAAACAGGAUCAAACAGCUCCCAUGAUUCUAUGGGCUCGACAAGUCGUCCGAGGCGUUCUCGUGACAGGCGGGCUGAAGACUACUAUUCUGACGACCUCUGGAAUGCAAGACUAUACGAAUCUGAUCGAAGAAGAGCCUCUCCACAGACGCCAUACGCUCCAUACUUCUCAACCCGUCCACCGAUGCCCUACCAUCCGCAGAUGCCACAAUAUUACUAUCCACAGAUUUCACCUGAGCCACAAAUGUCAGACUAUACACCAAUGCCACCUCCUCCCAGGGCGGUUCCUCCUCCACUGAUUCCAGACCCUCCACAGACUUUGUUACCAUAUACCUACACAGCACCAUCUCAUAUCCCUGAAGAGAUUCAAGCCAAAGAGAAACAGAAAACUCUGAAAUCAUCAAAGCUCUCUGACCUAAAAUUUCACGAUCGCUUGACCGCUGCAGGGAUUAACGCAGUGUACUAUCGCAGCCCACCUGAGGAGCCCCUUUCAUACAAUAUCGCCCUGAAUUCGCUUCAGAGAAUGGUAAUGCAUGAAUUGCAGGGUGAAUUGGUUGGUGUGGUUCAAAAGAUUGUGCAAAAACAAGGAGUUGAACAAGACUUGAUGGAAAAUGCUCGGGAAUUGUUAGGAAAAUAUAGUAUGUGGAUGUACCAUGGAUGUUCUGGUUUGAUUUGA